AUUUGGAAAUUCAGAGAUCUAAUUUAAUCCAUCCAUUUGGCUGGGGGAAGUAACCAACAUCAGUUGUAAUCCCGCUAACAACCACCAGGGCGAAAUGCACUUCUUAGGUUACAGGGAGUCCUGGAAAUUUGGCAUCAAGUCUUCUGGCAAAGACGUAGGUGUAGACGAGGAACAAAAGACCCUCGUGCCGCCCUCCAGCGGCUCGGCUCCGAGUGUGCCCGGUGGGACUCCCAUGCGAGGGUCACUGCCCACGAGGCCAGGACUGAAGCGAAGGGCACGCGAUGGCCAGAGGCCCGGUCAACGUGGAGGAGGACAGGCGGGGGGCAGGCCCGGGAGCGCGUGCUCGGCUCCCGUCGGUACCGUCGGUGCCUGGCCGAGCCCAGACAGCCCAGGUCCCAGGGGGCGAGCCCGCUAAGGGAGCCUAGGGCUCCAUCUUGCCCGGCGGCAGUCUGGGGUCACCACCGUCGUGUGACCUGCUGCAAUCUCGGCGGGCAAACCCUUAGCGGUCGAGGGCAAGGCCUAGGGCAGAGCGCGAUCGGGCCCGUUCCGGGCUAAGUGUCUGGUCCCCACGGGCUCGGUUCUGAUGGGCCCCAAGUUCUCCCAACAGAUCCCACAAAAUGGAGGCCGACGUCUCCUGCCGCCGCUGCCAUGGCGGAGGUGGGACACCCUUCCCACCCGCUAGGCAAGGUGGAGGCGCCUGCACGGCCCCCAGCGCACCAGUCCCCUAGCAGCCGCGGCCGGGCUCGCCCCCUCGGUCCGCCGCAGGCACUGCCGGGCUCGCCGGGGUCUCCGGGGCCCGGACAGUGAGGACGCCGGGACAUCGAGGCCGCGUCUCUAUUCGAGCAGAGUCGCAGGCGGCCGCGGCGACCGUCCGGAGGCCGAGGCCCAGUGUCCCGAUCCCGGGCCCCCGGGAAGCCUCGACGAAGAUCGC